CCCCUCCAUUUAUAAACAUAAUCACAUGUGUUUUUAUUUACCUUUUUAUAUCAAUAAAAAUUUUACCGGUAGAAAUUUUUUUAUUUACUUCAUACACAACAUAACUUUUAAAAUUUAAAAUUAUUAGCAUAUAAGAUUUUUCGCUAUGCCGACGUCUAUACGCGCACUGAUUUCCGAAGGUCUCCGAGUGGGAGUAAUUAUGGCCUCCGGAGAUGCAAUUUGCCAAACAUUUGUGGAAAAACGUGAGCUGAAAAACUUGGAUGUAAAUCGAAUGUUGAAAUUCGGUGCUGUGGGUGUUGUCUAUGUCGGUCCAAUGUUAAAAGUAUGGUACGGAACAUUAGAUAAAAUAGUGCCAAAAGGGGCUCCACCACUCAAACGAGCGUUAAAGAAAAUGGCAUUGGAUCAAGCAUGUUUUGCUCCAUCAUUCAUUGCUAGUUUAAUAGGCAUCUUUGGUCUUAUCAACGGUGAAAGCAUACCAACAAUUCAAGACCGUUUCAAGAAUGACUACUUUACGAUUUUGUCACGAAAUUACAUGCUUUGGCCUGCUGCGCAAGUAAUUAACUUUUCCGUAGUUCCACUUCAUUAUCAAGUAUUAUAUGCACAAUUUAUAUCCCUAAUAUGGAAUAUCUAUCUCUCUAUGAAGUUGAAUGAUGAAAAGAAAUAACUUGCAAAGAAACUAUACAAAUUUGCAAUUGCUUAAAUACUCCAAAAUUAUAUACAUAAGUUUCUUCGAUUCGCCAAGCGUUGGAGACAUGGAUUAUCCAUGGUUGGAGUGUCAAAAUAUCAAUUAACAAUAAAUAUUUCAAGAGAUCAAAAAUGUGGGAAAAUUUUCGAUAUAUUUACGUUCUUGUAUGGGAUACAGGCUCUAUUAAUACAUACGUAUAUAUGUAUAUGUAAAUUUUAAAUUAUUAUGUUCAAAACCUAAGGAUAUUUGGAAUCUUAAACGGCUAUUAUACUUGGUUAGUAAAAAAGUAUUUUUUAUGUAUAUAAAUUUUUAAAUUUGUAUAUAUACAUUUCUUUAUAUACAACUGUUUUGAAUACUUUAAAAGUAUGAUAGUUCCUUAAAAGCCAUAUGAAUAAUCUAUAGUGGAAUAACCAAACUCAAAAUUGUUAUACAUAUGUAUAUAAGCUAAAUAAAAUAUUGAAAAUAUUAAAAACGGUUCAAAAAUGGCUAUAUCUCAUUGUUUAGCGGUUAUAUAUUAAUUCCUUAACGUCACUGCUUUUAAGAAAUUGAAAAAUAACACAUUUAGCGUAAAGUUGAUUCUAUAUUGUACAGUUAGUGAUUACAUAGAAACCGGAGCGAAAAAUUACGAAUAAAAAACAAAAUAGAAAUACAAAUGUCAUAAAUAAUUUUAAAAAACUAUAAAAUCUGGUUUUUAUGCCUUAUUUUGCAAAAUAACCAAACGCUUAAAUUAAUACCUUUUAUAUAAUAAGCCACUAGAAGACGCGAAAAGUUAACUAACUGGUUACCGAUAGGUUAUCCGUAAUUAAUGCUUUUUUUUCGGCUGUAUUCUAACGGAGCCUUCCCAACACCGGGCCGCAUUGGGAAGUAACGGUGGCCUUACCGCGUCAAGGGGCUCUGGCGCGGCGGACUCUUUGUUCCCCUUACAGAAAGCUGACCCGACGUCUCGCCUCGUCGAGCCAAGGGUCCUACGAACAAGAUGAACAACAAAAAUAAAAACCAAACAACAACAAAAUCAAACGGAUCUCGGCAACAACAACAGCUAAUGACCAUGGAAAACGGCAACGGCAAGGGCAGCGGUGCAGGUAAGGGCGAAUUAGGGGCUAAACGAAAGUUCAGCUUCCUGGACGCCCUUUCGCCAGAGGAGUGAGCGCUGUUCGAGGAGCAUGCCAGGGACGACGACGAUGACAUGCCCUCGUGCAGCGGCGUUCAGCAGGCGAUUUCGACUGCGGCCGUUGCGGAAAAAGCAAAAGAGAACCCCACGGAGACUCUCGAGCAGGAGCAACUGCUCGGAUGCAGAGGAGUCGCAACGGGCGACCUCCGGUGGGGCUCUUAAACGGAAAAGGAAGAGGGGAGGCAGACUACCCCCCCUGCCACCAACGGGAUGUCCGGGAGGACAGGACGAUCCCAGGAGAAAAGGUAUGAGCGGUGCCAGCCUGAAGUGGUACCUGAGGCACCUCCAGGAGGGAAGAACUCCGGAGGUAGCAGAAGACCUAGCGCGGAACAGGGUGAGAGGUGACAGCACUUCCCCGGCUUCCGGAAAACAAAAGGAUGGAAAUACCGCGGCCACUAGGAAACGCAAUGGCAACAAUCGAGGCCACUGCCCAGUAAACGCAACUCAGCCCGCAGGCCGAGGUUGCGAAAGGGCAGCUCCCUCGACCACCCAAGCGGCGAAGCGAAAAAGUGGACAGCUGACGCCACAGGAACCGCCCAACACCAAGCGGCAGAGGGGAAACGUGGCUCAUGCGACUGGUGGCAACCGCUCCGCCCCAAAUCCCCCCCGGGUAGCGGAGGGACAGCGCAGGUAUGCGGAUGCCCUCAAAGGCAUUCGUAUGGCGGUGCUGCCGCUGAACUACCCGGCGGAGACGCUGGGGUCGGAGGAGCUCACCGUGCUCCAAGAUUUGCUCAUGAAGGAGGUAUUCAGGGGGUCUGGAUACAAAGCCUCCUUCCAUGGGGUUUAUUUCAAGGGAGGCAUAUUGCAGGUUGACUGCAAGGAUGAAAGGUCGGCUUGUUGGCUGCGGGAGAUCGCUCCCAAGCUGGCAGGCUGGAAUGGACCCAUCCUCUGCGCGAAAAAGGGGGACGAAAUUCCGCCCAUGCAUAGCAUGACGGUAUUCCUCCCCAGAUGCGCAGGCAAGCCUUACGAAUUUGCUCUCGGGCUCAUCCGCAACCAGAACGAUGGCCUCAAUACAUCGGCCUGGCGGGUGACCAGCAGCACUGAGGAGGAUUCAGGGUGGAGGCUCAACCUCUCCAUAGAUGACGAAUCGUACAAAUUCGUCAGGAAGGUUCCGUCUGAACUAUAGGUUCAGCUCGGUGGUCCUGAGGCCAUUUAGGCCUAAACCGACCACCGUGGGCGAUGCAGGGGAAAAAAUGCAGGUGGAUGACGGUGAGAAUGAGGACCAGUUCCUCAUGGAGCCGAUCCUGUAGUGGGUCCGCGAAUAGAAGUUGCCCAGGUAAACCUGCACCACGCGGCGUCAGCCUCGGCGGUUAUCGCGAGCAGGUUUACGAUCGAUGGUCUGGGCAUACUACUGAUCCAGGAGCCAUGGAGGCAGCUAGACUGCAUAAGGCUCUGGCUAGAGGCAAGACGGACACAGUACUAGCGAUCAAACGAUCUGAUGGACCUAUACGUCCAGCGCAGAAGAAAGAGCUACGGCUCUUCUACUAGCGCCUUUCCCGGAGACGAUUCAUGAAGACCAGAUUCGACCAGUAGGAGAAACUAAAAUUCGUCUGGGAACAACAAGAGGUUGCCCACAGGGCGGAGUGCUAUCCCCCCUACUUUGGAGCCUAGUUGUAGACGACCUCCUUGAGCGGCUGACUAGCAAUGGAAUCCGCUGUCAGGGAUAUUGUUAUCUUAGCUAGGGGAAAAUUUGAAGACACACUCUGCGAUAUCGUUCAGAGGGGAUUGGGACUGGCAAAGGGGUGGUGUAGGGGGGUUGGCUUAAACAUCAACCCCGCUAAAACUACAAUCAUUCCCUUCACCAGACGGAGGUCACUGCCGGGCCUCAGGAAUAUAUCCCUGGACGGCAGAGUGGUUGAGAUGUCCAGCACGGUCAAGUAUCUGGGACUCACGCUGGAUUCCACACUGCGAUGGAAUCAGCACGUGGACCAGACCCUAACCAAAGCUACAAAAGCACUCAUGGUGUGCAACCGACUUGCUGGAAAAUCCUGGGGGUGCUCCCCAAGGACUAUCAGGUGGAUGUACACCAUGAUUGUGAGACCGAUUAUCACGUAUGGAGCGGUAUCGUGGGGUUCGAAAGCAUCGCAGACUUCGGUAGGACUUAAACUGUCGAAGCUGCAAAGACUUGCCUGCAUCUGCGCGUCGGGAGCAAUGCGAACGUGUCCGACCGCAGCACUGGAGGUCAUGCUAGAACUUUCACCGCUACACCUGGUAAUCAAACAGACAGCCAAACGAACUCUGCUCCAAAUGACAGCAGAGGGAGCUGGCAAAGGGAAGGUAAUCUCAUCCCAGCAGAUGAAAGAGCUAAGUGAGGAAAUACCACUAGCCCUUCUCCCAAGGUAUAGCAUUACCAAAGUAGUAAACUUCAGCAGGAAGUUCCAAGUAACCCUUGGCAGCAAAUCUGAGUGGAAGGACUCUGCGCUAGACCUGCUGCUAAAGGGUUGCACCAUCAAGUGGUACACCGACGGGUCGAAAACGGAGGAGGGGAUUGGUGCAGGGGUCGCUGGGCCAAGCACCAAACUCUCCAUUCCCAUGGGAAGUUUCCCUAGCAUAUUCCAAGCCGAGGUCUAUGCUAUAAGUCAGUGUGUAGGAAUAAAUCUCCAGCGCAACUAUCGCAAUAAAAGUAUCGCUAUACUCAGCGAUAGUCAGUCGGCACUAAGAGCGAUCAAUGCCUAUGAGGUCAGAUCUCUCCUAGUGAUGGAGUGUAUAGAACGGCUGAACAGCCUAUCUGAGCACAACCAAGUGCACCUUAUUUGGGUGCCUGGCCAUAGGGGUAUAGCUGGGAACGAACUAGCCGACGAGUUAGCUCGCUCUGCAGCCUCUACAAGAAUGGUAGGGCCGGAACCAUACUUAGCGGUUGGUCCACAUACUAUCAAAGAGCUCCUCCGCAGGGAGGAAAGAGCAGACAGGGAGAUACACUGGCAACAACUCCAGGGCAUGCACCAUGCCAGACUGCUAAUGGAGGGUUACGACCUCAAGCGGUUCAAUGCCAUAAUUAAUCUCCCAAGAAACAAAUUCCGGCUACUGGUAGCGUUCUACACCGGCCACUGCAGGCUCAAGAAGCAUCUCUUUAACAUGGGCAUAGCCUCUUCUGCAAACUGCCGGUUCUGCGACAUAGAGCCGGAAACCCCCGAACAUCUGCUGAUGAACUGCACAGCAGUCUGCAGACGCAGAAUCAAGGCCCUGGGAUCCAUGUUUCCACACAGGGAUUGUAUCGCCUCACUAGCACCCAGCAGAAUUUUGGAAUUUAUCAAUAUGCUGGGCCUAGAUGACACGAUAUGACUUAGGGGAGGGCACAAUAGACCGUAGGUCGCGGUGCAUACCUCAAAAUUAAUCAAUCAAUCUUACUCGCUCUCUCUCAUUGCUUUUGCGCAAACGCUACAUAUAUCUUACUGCUCUAAUAUGCCAACUAUUUUGGAAAGCUAUUUGUUACUCUUUGGUUAAUAGCGUCCUUGUCAUUGUCUAUUUAUUUGCGCAAAUUAUAGCCAAAUGAAGUAAGGUAAGAUAUAAGAAAGCAAUUCUUUAAUCAAACCCAAAGCAAAUACUAUAUUAAAACCGUUACUUCAUAAUAUGGUAUUAUAUAAUUCAAUAUAUAUUCCUAUAUAAGCUGCUUAAAUAUUUAUCACACAACUGUACGCGAAGAAGCCCAUUUCUACGAGUCUCUUUGUGAUUUGGCAGCACUUGAACUGUCAGCUGACUAAUACAAAAAUAAAAUCCCGCGUUUCAAUGAGUCGCAUUUUUUACUAAUUGUGCAUAUGUGAAGAUUUUAGUCGGUAAAUUUGUUAAUAACAGUUAAAAAUUAGUUAAAACGUAAUAUAACAUGUCCUCUACACGUGAGAUUGUUACAUUACAAUUUGGCAACUAUGCAAACUAUAUUGGAGCACAUUGGUGGAAUAUACAGGAAUCAAGCUUUAGCUAUAAUCCGGAAGAUGCGCCUUCAGAAAUUUCUCACGACGUAUUGUACAGGGAAGGUGUUAAUUUAAAUAGACAGGUAACAUAUACACCUCGUCUAUUGCUUGUUGAUUUAGAUGGGUCCCUAAAGCAUCUUCCGCGUGAAGGUGAGCUAUAUGGAAAUAGUAUAAAACGUACAACAGAAGGCGUAGAAUCAAUUGAUGAUGUAAAGAAAAUUAAAGCGGAGCUGGAAAACAUGUCCACAGAUGUGGAAGUGGUAGAGCAACCACAUGCUAGUAAGCAUGAUUUCCAAAAGGAUCUCGAAGAUCCCGUAAUCGAUAUACAAGAGAAAAACUAUGAUUUGGCUGAUAAUGUUGAUACGUGGACGGAUUAUCUUUAUGCUCGCUAUCAUCCACGAACUGUAAAUAUCGUUAAUGAUUAUAAACAUAGUACAGAGAAACAAACCUUCGAUACCUAUGCCUGUGGUGUACAACUUUGGAAAACUGAGCAAUUCGAAGAUGAGUUUUGUGAUAAAAUACGACAAUAUGUGGAAGAGUGCGACUUUCUGCAAGGCUUUCAAACAUUGUUUGAUUGCUUUAAUGGUUACUCAGGCUUAGCCACCGCAUGCAUGGAAUACCUCAAUGAUGAAUAUGGAAAAGCAAAUUUUGCUUUACCCGUCUAUUCACCACGUAAUACGCCGUUUGAAAAUGCAGAUGAACCCAUGUCAGACUCUAUACGUGUCGUUAACAGCGCAUUGGCGUUCCACAAGUUAAGUGAACAAGCUUCACUGUUUGUACCGCUCAGCACAAGCGAUCGUGUAUGGCGACAAUUGGGCACAGCGCGUCAACUGCGUUCACUUACCUAUCAGCCAGAUAAUUUGUAUCAAACUUCUGCUGUACUCGCUGCCUACUUGGAUACAAUUUCAUUGCGUUAUCGGCUGCGCAAUGCGCCCAGCGCUUACUCGCUAGCUGGGUUCUGCGGUGAUUUAAAUAAUUACGGACGCAAAUUGGCUGCUGCCGCUUUUGCACUGCCAUUCCCCAUGCAACAAAAACAGGAUCUCAUUGAUUGUUUGGAUCAAUUUGAAGGUCCGAUUUUCACAUCACUCACACCCAACUGCAGCAUAGGCACCGAUUAUGUAAUACAAACGUUGUGCGUACGCGGUAUAACACGCGAACGUCUAAAACAGCCUUUGGAGAAGGCUAAAGAACAAAUGCGCAUGGCUGCUUACAAAUGUGAUAGCGUCUCUGAAAUGUUUCAACUUUACUUGCAAUGUGCGAAUCAUGCGAGUAUGUCACAUGUGGCAUCGGUGUCAAUGGCUAUGCCAACGCGUAUACCAUUUCCAAAUGAAAUGUUUGGCGAAGAAAUGACAAAAUUGGGUUUUCUCUCGCCAACCACAAAAAGGCAACCAGAAGAGAAAGUUGUAGCUGUGCCGACGCUAGCCGCGGUACAGUCAUCUAGCGAGUUGGGUGAUACGCUAGAAACGCUGCAUCGCGAGGCUAAACGUGUGAAAAUAGCCAAACUGCAUCGUUAUAAAGCAGCUGGCUUAGAGGAAGAUGAUUAUGUCGACGCGCUCGAACAGCUAUUGUUGUUCAAAGACAAUUACGAAGAUAACUUCGAGUUGUAGACAAAAGUGAAAACGCGAAAUAUACUCGUAAAAUAGUAAUUAGUACGGUUAAGAAUAUGUGAACGCGAAAAUAUAAUAUAAUGCCUUACAAAAAUUGUGACUAAGCUAUAAUAGAGUUACACUCAUAGCACAGUCAAAGUAAGCUAAGUAGUUUAGCAUAGUAGUUAGUUAAAAAUUAAAGUAGUUAGUUACAUAGUCUACGUCACUAAAUUGUUGUAAUAAAGAAAUAAAUGUCUAUUUAUAAAAAAUUAUAACUCAAAA